UCCGCAUACACUUAAUACCCUAUAGCUAGGUAGACACAUACUUCAUGGUGUACGUUAUAGAUAUGAAAUGACCCUUGCAUUCCCUAUAUAGGUAUAAUUCAUCACAAAUAUUUCAAAGAUGGCGACAAGACUUCACAACCCAACAAAUGAAUAUGGAUACAGAGUUUGUUUAUUGUUGUUAUUUGGAUUAUUGUUAUUGUUACCUGCCGUAGAUACGUUAUUGUGUUAUCAAUGUGCUUCUGGUAGUCCAGAUGGUGGCAAUUGUCAGAAUGAUUUGAAAGGCAUGAUAGAAUCAGCUGAAGGCGAUCCAGAGAAAGAAAUUACACCUGAAGAUGGGCGAUAUACGAAAAACUGUACUUCUAGUAGCACUGUUAACCAUACCUUAGAUUACUGUGUUAUAGAAACAUUUAAAUCAGCAGGUUUAGUCAAGAGUUACAUUAGAGAAUGCAGUGAUGGAGUGGUAUUCUCUUAUACUGGGAACAUAAAUGAUUUGGAAAAACUAGAUAAUGUACGACCUGACAACGAAACAACCUGUACAUAUCGUCUAACCAGUAACAUGCAUGUAUGUGUUACACUGUGUACGACGGAUUUUUGUAACGGUCCACAGAUCCCAGAAAACAACACGAAUUGUACAGAAGGUGACAAUGUAACGUGUUCUGCCAAUAGACCCCUGUGGCUGAUGAACAGUCCUAUUGGUGUCAUUAUUAAUCCUUUUAUGAUUCAUCCAUUGAUUUUACCAACGUUUAUUUAUGUAUUUUUUGCUUUCUUCUUCUGUUGAUUAAUCAUAAUUCGAUUAAGACGUUUCCUUGUUAACGGUGUCUUUUCUUUGCAAUAUAUCUCUCUCCAUAGUAAUACAGACACAUUGUAACAAAGGGUGGCUAACGUAGUAGGGGGCCAAUCAUAAGUCCUGGAUGUUUUGGAAGGGGCAUCCGCAAAUCUCUAAUCGGACAAUGUAUAUAUUUAAUAAUUAAAAAGAGAUAUUAUUAUAUUAAUAAUACAAGCUAUUUGUAAGGUAUAAAGAACAUAUAUUUUCCAUUAUUUAAAAUCUUGAUGUAGCUGAUUCUAAACCGGACGUUGAUCUCAACCCCUCAGUGGGUUGGCUUGAUGCCUUACUUGUUAGUUACAAAAUAACCUCGAUCGAUUUGCAAGUAAAGUGGUUGGACUUUAUAAUGCAUAAUACAGUACUCGGCAACAAUGACAAAAGUAAACUAACGAGUCUCAUAUUUUCUAGUUGGCCUAUCAGGAUAUUUGAUGCAAACACGUAACCCGUUUCUUGCUGUAAAUAAUGAAGUAUAUUGACGUUUGAUGAUUUGCAUCAAGAUACACCAUGUUAUAGAUAUAAUAAAUUAGGUUUGUAUAUCAUAUCGUCUUAUAUUGUAAACCAGUCCACUGAAAUAAGAUCGGAUAUAUUUGAUAGACAUAAAUUAACCCCCACUGUUGUGAACUGUAAGUAAAAUUAAAUAAAAUGUGUAUAAUAGUAUCAUAA